AUGUUAACGAGGCCGGAGAAUGCAAAUCAAAUGGAUACUGCAAUGAAUGCGAAUUUGUCGAAAUCUGCGGUCGAGAAGGAAAUGAAACGACAGAAACGAGCGAAUGAGAAGAUGAAAAAACUGGUUGGAUAUUUCAAAUUGUUCAAGGAUAUCGGUUGUCUUGAAUCAACGCGUGUAGUGUUGGAUAAGACCGCAGCGAGUGGCAAUGAUUAUAUCCAUGCGAAUUUCAUUUCGACACCAUUCAAACAAAAACGUUUCAUUUGUACACAGGCACCCUUACCAUCAACUGCUUAUGACUUCUGGCAGAUGAUUUUGCAGAAUGGUUGUUGUAUAAUCGUUAUGUUAUGCAAUAUUGAAGAAAAUGGUAAACCAAAGGUCCCCUUUUCAUUGUGUUUCUUCAUUUGUUUUGAGUAUUGGUCACGGGAACCUGGAACAUCGGUGAAAUUCGACAAUAUUACUGUGAAAACGGUCGUUGUUAGGAAGCUGAAGCUACAUCCGGAAUGCUCGGGGACAGUGACGAUACAAAUCUCUGGAUUAGCGAUAAUGGUCGAUGAUGUGUUCUAUCAUGCCGUUGAUCACUUCCAAUGGCUGAAUUGGCCUGAUCGAAAAGUGCCACCAGCCGAUCUCACACCGAUUUCUCUACUUAAUUAUAUACGAAAAUCCAAGACACCGAUCGUAGUGCAUUGUACAGCUGGUAUCGGACGCACUGGAACACUGAUCAUGAUGGCCUAUAUACUGGAGACAUUGGUGACUGGCCAGAAACCUGAAAGUUCAAAUGAGAUACUGAAACGUUUACGAUCUGAACGUGCUUAUCUUUUGCAGAGUGAUGCACAAUAUCUAUACGUUCAUCGAGUGUUAUUGGAAUACUUCGCUCUAAAAGGGUUGAUCAGUGAUUAUAUGGCUGAUCGAGUGACGAAUUUUAUUGAAGAUUAUGAAGCUGCGAUCAACUAA